AUGCAAGAACCUGAAGAUCUCUCAAGUUUUUCGAGCUCUUGUGAUCUAAACAACAACAACAACAACAAUUCGAUUCCUUUCAGUUACCCUCUUCAUCACGUCCAAGAACCUAAUCAACAGCUACAACAAGAACAACAACAACAACAACAACAAUAUUGUUCUUCUGGCACCUUCAAUGGGUUACAAGAAGACAUGUGGUGUCUUCAACUUCAAGAUUCAUCAACGACAGUGAAUAUCAAAGGUGGCUUCAUUGAUGAAUGUGAGGACGUUAAGCCUGUGGAAGAAGUUUCUAGCGAGAGAAUCGAGUUUGAGCACCAUGAUGGUUUCGUUGAACAACGGAAACUAGAUUUGCCUUCUGCACAAUUCAUCAUUUCUUCUUAG